CCCGGACGGGUACGGUAGGGUACGGUACGAGCCCGUGCGGGCUGUGGCUGUAAACACCACCGACACCAUCUCUCCGGUCUGCCACCUCCUCGGCGUAACCAACUCACACCGGGAGCCGGUGUAGAACCACAGCACUGCAAACAUGUCGAUCGGAGUGCCCAUUAAAGUCCUGCAUGAGGCUGAAGGCCAUAUUGUGACAUGUGAGACCAAUACAGGAGAAGUUUACCGAGGCAAACUCAUUGAGGCUGAGGACAACAUGAAUUGUCAGAUGUCCAACAUAACGGUGACAUACAGAGAUGGACGAGUAGCACAGCUGGAGCAGGUGUACAUCAGAGGAAGCAAGAUACGGUUUCUCAUUUUACCAGAUAUGUUGAAGAACGCUCCUAUGCUAAAGAGCAUGAAGAAUAAAAACCAGGGUUCUGGAGCUGGGCGAGGAAAAGCAGCUAUUCUCAAAGCUCAAGUGGCUGCAAGAGGAAGAGGCCGUGGUAUGGGUCGUGGCAACAUCUUCCAGAAGCGAAGAUAAUCUUGGGUCUUUACAGACAUGCUUUUUUUAUUAGGGGGUAUUAACUUGACUACAUGUGUAUUGGUAUCAGUUUUGUUUAAUAAAUGUUUCUGACAAAAACUUGUCUGCUCUUGUAUGACAGGACUUCUCUUGGGCAAAUUGGAGGUUGAUUUCAAGCUUAAAAUAGCUUUGCCUGGAAAAUAGUGGACUUUAUAUCUAGAUUUGACUACUUUGUAUUUGUGUGAUGCAUCGACUUCUAAAGAUCAUCAUGUUUCGUUUUUCUUGUUUAGUCCUGUUGUCAUUCAUUCUCUAAAGAAUUAGAAGUUAUUCUUGAUGAAGAAUUUUUAAAUAGUAUUUUUUAAAGUCGUCUUAGCAGCUGCAUUAACAAAACAUACUGCCAAACAGAAGCAGCUUCCUGAGAAGCAAAGCACUGUGUUCUUUUGCUUUAUAUGGAUCUACAAUAGAGGUUCAUCUUCAGAGUUGUACAUUGAGCUUGUAUUCUUGCGUUUCUUAUUUUUCUCUUAGGAUACAGGGAGAAUUUUUCAUUGGGAACACGCAGUUUGAAAACAUUUGAAAUGUUUUGUAAAUUUGAAAAGUAGUGCAGGUCUAUGGAGAAAGUCAUAAAUGAUUAUCCAUUAAAUACAACUCAACACAAAUGCUAAUCUUUUAAACAAAGCUUAGGAUCAACUUCAGCUUUUGGUCUUAAUAUCUAUACACAGGCUCAACAGCUGAUGUGCAGGAAGCCAAAUGUAGUUGUAACUUUAUUUCUAAAACUAUAGUGUGGCUGAGUUACUGACUUGAAAUGUGUGAAUGUAACACUUCUGUGUCUGAUCACAUACCUGCAUGCAAUCAAUUACCAGUCUGGAAAUGUAUGAAGUACCUGGUCUUGCUUUUCUGCUCUGAUGCUGUGAAGGCUCUCCCUUGUGUGCAGACAUGAAAGUUGGACUAAUGUAUUGAUUUGUUGAAUUUUUGUCUGUAAAUAAAGCUGUAUUUGGUCUUGCAUCACUAGAAAAA